CGACUACCAUGAGUCAUAUAGCUCUGCCUUGGUUGUAUGUAUUAGACCCACAUUCGCGGGCAGUGCUUGAGGCAGUCAUACCAAGGGAAUGCCAAGGCUCCCGCUUCCUAAACAGGCCAGCAAUCGACACAGCCAAUUGGAGCAGUGACGGCAGACGAUAAAAGGUCACCCAUCUGGCGACUGGCACAGACAUCGAUCUAUCAGUGUUUCUUCACAAUGCCUAACCGUAUCUCACUAUUUCUCGUUGUCUUCGUCGUAUUUGCCUUCUGUCUCUCCGACAAGGGUGUGUACGCUUUUGGAGCAGGUAACAUUCCAUCCUUUGCUUAUAUGGAAGGAAAGGCAUUCCGGCACGGUGACAUUGAGGAUACUCUAUCUGAACUUCUGAAGAAAGGGGCUGCCGGCGGAUUCGGUCUGGCUACUCUGAUCUCCAGAGGAACUAAGUUUGGAGGCCUCGACGUCAAACGUGUAUAUUUCGGAAAUUGGUUAAGGGAUUAUAGUCAGGCAGUUGAUAUCGGCACAUUGAAGAAAGUCAAUAUUCAGACCAUCGUUAACCUGUGCAUGGUUCUUGGAUUCAUGGCCCACGGGUAUGCUACAGAAGAAUUCGAAGUAACCGUAGAACGCCUGGGCUGCUACCUUCCGACUGAACACAUCGACAACCCGAAAGGUUACGGGGAUGGUGAAGACGCCCGCAGAUAUCAUCCCGGAUUGCGAGGACCAGUAGAUCCUCGAGAGCUGGAAAUCGACCCCCGCACCGGGAUGAAGAAUUACAUUGCCAACGAAAAUGGAAACUGGGAUACAUCUAAAGCCCUCGUCCGACGCACGCUCGAACGAUGCAUACACCUUGGACGUCAAUAUCGUUCGACGAAUAACAAAGCCGAUCAGUACGAGGCGUUCCGCCUUCUCGGACAGGCUUUGCAUACUCUGGAGGAUUUCCCAGCACAUUCCAACUUCUGCGAGCUUUUACUUGUUUCGCAGGGAUACAACCAGGUAUUUGUUCACGUCGGCGAUAGGGUUCGUGUCCAGGCUCCUGGCGGGAGAAGGGUAUCACCCCUUGUGACCGGAUCGUUCGGGUCCAGCGACUUUUUGCACAGUCUCCUUGGAGAGGCCACCGAUCACCUUAGCGAGGCAUCUGUGACCGACCUCAACAAAGAAUUUGACACUGCACGGUCCAAGUCGCAGUCUUCGGGGAAGAGCCCGUUUGACACCUUGCGUGAUUUGUUUGUCAGUAUCCCUGGUGAUACUGGGGGUGACAUGACCCGCCAGAUAGAGGGUGUUGAAAGGAUUCGUGCAGGCCCUGCACAAGGGGGCAAGCGCCCUGAAGACAUGAGCCCACAGGAAAUACAUUCCGUCUUAUGGCAGGUCUUGAGUUUCAGAGACUCAGUAAUGAAGAAGAUAUCUGUAACCAUUGAAAAGAUUCCAGGAUUGGGUACUCUCAUAGAGAAGAUCAGCGACUCCAUUUCUGUGUUCGUUUUUACGACCGUGGAGCCUUUCGUAAAGCCUGUCCUUCAAUCUGCGACGAAUGGACUUCAGCUCGCCUCCGCGGAGGUUGUUAACACCCAUGAUCAAUACGAGGUGUUCAAUGACCCAUUGGCUAGUGAUCCCACACAUUCCUUCCUGAGCAAGGAUCAUUUCAACCUGAUAUUGAAUGAGCCUGCUGGGCAGUUGGCCAAGAUCAUCCUCAUCCACACGGUCAACUCGGUGGUCAAGGCAUGGGAUGAUACAUCCGUCAACAUUCACCAAGUCACUGAGGAUGUCUUGCAGUGUUUAUUCCACCCCGAUUUCCAUGAUCCGAGCUCCAAAAUUCAGCGUGAGAUGAUGCAAUACAUGAAUAGUUGGGUCCAAGGACUUGGCCAGAAGCGUGAGGAGGUGUUAGGGAGACUUACCAAGGAGUCCGUGCGUGCACACCGCAACACUCGCACAGGGGAGAGCGGAGCUUCGGAGGCUCAGGGCACGUUUGCCUACAGCCAGGGUGCCCAAGCCCAGCAAUCCGUCCAGGGGUAUGCCCAGUCUGUCCCGGGGGUUGCACAGGUUCAGUCGCUUCUGGGCCGCACGGGCGGGAUUAUGCGAGAGGCACCAAGUGAACCGUUGAAUCCCCGUAUUCCAUCGAGCGAGUAUACUCCGGGUCCGCAGCAUUCGAUUGGCAUGGGAGGUACGCCGUCUUUCCCGAGUGCUGCAAGCGCGUAUACACCCCCGUCCGGUCCUCCUUUCCCACACAAGAGCUCAUACGCACCGAGCUCUGCCUAUGCCCCGUCUCCGUCAUCUAUGGGGGGUCCCUCGUUCCCCGGUGUUCAAAACGUACCUAACGCGAGUCCGCAUAUGUCUUCAUAUGCACCGUCAUACACCAACCCUGCUUCCCGUGGCGGAGGGCCCUCAUUUCCUGAAGGCCGUGGACACGGGCCUGCUCACCAUUCGAGCCCGUCAUCUGCGUAUAUGUCCCCGCAUGGGCAUGCCGCCCACAUGGGCUUUCCAAGUGCGAGCAUGCCGCCCGGAGGAGGCCCUGCUUUUCCAGACGUGUCUCAUGCGUCAAGAACAACGCCAGUACGGACAACAGCACCAGCCUCAUCAACACCCACGUGGUGGUUCAUACGGGGGCAGGCGGUAUUAGCGUGUAUGUUGUAUUGAUUCGUAGUGUGUUCAACUCGAGAGCUUCGGUCCUGGGAAAGAAUGUGGGAAGACAAUGACGAAAGGCAGUAAAUUUGAGAUUCAGAUCCGUUUGUUGAAGCAGUAGAUGAGUUUGAUAUAUCAAGUUUAAUGUCUGCAGUAUCGUACUCUGAAAAGUGGAUUUUACUAAGUGAACCAAUAGCAGACACGGAGCUGAGUUAGAAGUACAAUGUAGGGUGUGAUAAUAAAGAUAUAGGUUACGUGGCAUAAUCAGGGGCAGAUAAUUGCUUGGAACAUUACUUGCAUUAAGAAGUGA